UUGCUGCUGCGCAUAUUGGGCCACAAUGAUCCGGAUGCUUCGGAGGCGAUGAACGAUAUACUGGCACAGGUGGCGACCAACACGGAGACGAGCAAAAAUGUGGGCAACACCAUACUCUAUGAGACAGUGCUCUCCAUAAUGGAUAUACGCUCGGAGGGUGGCCUACGUGUCCUGGCUGUGAAUAUACUGGGACGAUUCCUACUCAAUUCCGACAAGAACAUACGCUAUGUGGCACUGAAUACGCUGCUCCGCACUGUCCAUGCGGACACGUCGGCUGUGCAACGGCAUCGCACCACCAUACUGGAGUGUCUCAAGGAUCCCGACGUGUCCAUUCGUCGCCGGGCAAUGGAACUGUCGUUUGCCCUGAUCAAUGCACAAAAUAUACGUACAAUGACCAAGGAGCUGUUGCUGUUCCUCGAGAAGGCCGAUGCGGAGUUUAAGGCUCAAUGCAGCUCUGGCAUGAUCUUGGCCGCCGAACGCUAUUCGCCCAAUACGCGCUGGCAUUUGGACACACAGCUGAGUGUCCUGAUUGCCGCUGGCAAUUAUGUGCGCGACGAUGUGGUAUCCUCUACUAUACAGCUGGUCUUCAGCAGCCCUGUGUUGGAGCAGACAUACAUCACGAAUCGUUUCUGGGAAUCGCUGCAGGUGGCAAACCAUUGCGAGGAUAAGCAGCCAUUGUUGCAGGUUGCCGUCUGGGCCAUAGGCGAGUACGGGGAUCUCUUCAUGUAUGGCUCAAAUGAGGAUGAGUUUGAACGUCCCUCUGAGAGCGAUCUGAUCGCCAUGUAUCAUAAGUUUUUAACCUCUGCUCAAGUUUCGACCACAAGCAAGCAAUACGCCCUGGUCUCCCUAGCCAAGCUAAGCACGCGUCUGCAGCAAUGCGUGGAGGAAGUCCAAGCUCUGAUCACCUCGUUUGGCAGCCAUCUCAAUGUGGAUCUGCAGCAGCGAGGCGUGGAAUUCACACAACUCUUUGGCCACUAUAAGCAUCUGCGUCCGGCGCUGCUCGAAAAGAUGCCGGCCAUGCAGAUCAGUCGCAUAAGCUCGCAGAAUGGCGAGAGCGGCGGCUCUUUCGAUGACAACAGUCCAGAUGUCAUCGAGAAUGGUGUGGAGGGAGGGGGCAACGUUGGUGUCGGACAUUCACUUAUCGAAAGCAAUAUGAAUAUGCUGGGUGACAAUACGAACAUUCUGCUGGAUCUAUUGGGCAGCACAGAUCUGUCGGCAGGCGCCAGUGAUCUGGUGGCAGCCACCGAUCUGUCCAAUGCCGUGCAUAAAAAGAACUCGCGGAAUGCCAAUGACAUUGGCGUGGCCGUGUCCAAUAACCAGGAUCUGUUGGAUUUACUUGACCUGGAUAUGACGGCGCCUGCGACUGUCACAGCGACGGCGCCAGGUGCGGGCGGUAUCAUGCUGGAUCAACACCAUACGAGUGCGGCCAACAUGAAUACCAUGCUGGGCGGCCUGGAUCUGGGUGGCUUUGGGGGUCUUGAUGGCUCUGGCAGCAUACCCACAAAUGGCAAUGAUCUGGUGGCCAGCAUGCUGGGUAUUGUUUCCGCCGCCGCCGCAGCACCACCAGCAGCAGCAGCAGCGGAUGGCAAUGGCAGCAGUCUGCUGGGCGAUCUAAAUCCCACAGCAGCCUCCAACAAUGUGACAGUGCCACCGCAGGGACCCAAGCUGACGGCGCUGGACAAGAACGGUUUGUUGGUGCAACUGGUGCCGGUUACGGGCAAUGAUGGCAUGCGGAUCUAUAUGACGACCACAAACGGCUCAGACAAUACAUUAGAGCAAUAUUUGCUAAAGGCGGCCGUUCAAAAGAGUUUCCAGCUGCAAAUGCUGACGCCCUCAGGUAACCUGCUGCCGCCGGGCGGUGUUAUCACGCAGGAAAUGCGCGUUGUGGCCACAUCAAAUUCGGUAUUGCGUAUGCGUUUACGUAUUCAGUAUGCGCUCGAUGGCCAGCAGCUCGUGGAGCAGACGGAGGUCAGCGGCUUUCCAGAGCAGCAGCCAGGAACAGCGGAAUAAAAGAGUGUAACUUGUAUUAAAGCAAAAUUAGCCUAAUAUAUCUAAAAAGGAAAGGAAAACAAACGCAAAGAAACGGAAAAACUCAAAAGAGGAGAAGGAACAGAACAGAAGCAG